UUCAAUCCCAUGUGCUGUCUCUCUUCAUUCAUUCUCUAAUAAUCUCCUUCUUCUUCUCCUUCUCUUCUCUUCAAUCCCCAUACAUCGCUCUCCUCCAUUAAUCUCACCUUUCUCUUUCUCCAUUCAUUUCAUUCAUGCAUUUCAAUUUCAUUACCUUUUUUUCCUUUUCUUUUCACUUUCUGGGGUUUUGAAUAGUUUCCAAAACUAAAGUUUAAAGCUGAUUCACCUCCUGAUAUAUACACAUAUACCCAUAUACAUAUACAUAUAUAUAUGUUGAUGCAAGAGAAUCAUUCACUUUUCUUUAUCAGAGAAUAUUAACACUCACUCUCUCUCUGAUCCAAUGCCCUCUUCUUUCUGUUUCCUUUGACUAAAGACUCUUCUCCCAAGACACGAACAAAUUUCCCUUCUUUAUUUGUUUUGAGAGAUAAAGUUGGUUUUUUUAUUUUAAUUUUCAUUAUUAUUAUGUAGAGAAGAUUUUUUUUUUUCUUUUUGUUUUUGAGAGAGAAAUGUUGGCAAUGGAGAAAGAUUUUGAUUCAAAGCUUAGAAUUGAGGGCAAUAAUUCAUCUAAUUGCGCAAAUGUUCAGAGAUCUAAGAGCUUUGCAUUUAGAGCUCCUCAGGAGAAUUUCACUAUCCAGGAUUUUGAGCUGGGAAAGAUCUAUGGUGUUGGUUCUUAUUCAAAGGUUGUCCGUGCAAAGAAAAAAGAUUCAGGAACUGUAUAUGCCUUGAAGAUUAUGGACAAAAAAUUUAUCACCAAAGAAAAUAAAACAGCUUAUGUGAAGUUGGAACGAAUUGUACUUGAUCAAUUGGACCAUCCUGGAGUUGUGCGCCUAUAUUUUACAUUCCAAGAUACUUUUUCACUGUACAUGGCACUCGAAUCUUGUGAAGGUGGAGAACUUUUCGACCAAAUAACUAGAAAAGUUCGCUUGUCAGAGGAUGAGGCUCGUUUCUACACUGCAGAAGUUGUAGAUGCUCUUGAAUAUAUACAUGGUAUGGGACUGAUACAUCGAGAUAUUAAGCCGGAGAACUUACUACUUACGACGGAAGGACAUAUUAAAAUUGCUGAUUUUGGUAGUGUAAAGCCCAUGCAGGAUAGCCGAAUUACAGUACUGCCUAAUGCAGCCUCUGAUGAUAAGGCAUGCACUUUUGUCGGCACAGCUGCAUAUGUCCCUCCAGAAGUCCUUAAUUCCUCGCCUGCAACUAUUGGAAAUGACCUUUGGGCUCUUGGCUGCACUUUGUACCAAAUGCUUUCAGGAACUUCGCCUUUCAAAGAUGCCAGUGAAUGGCUUAUAUUUCAAAGAAUUAUAGCUAGGGAUAUAAGGUUCCCAAAUUAUUUUUCAGAUGAAGCUAGAGAUCUCAUUGAUCGAUUAUUGGAUAUAGACCCAAGCAGAAGACCGGGUGCUGGGCCUGAUGGUUAUGCUGUACUGAAGAUGCAUCCUUUCUUCAAGGGAGUUGACUGGAAGAAUAUAAGGGGGCUAAUCCCUCCAAAACUUGCUUUAGAACCAAUGGCUCAUUCGGGUGAUUGUGAUGAUGUUAACGAUUCUUCAUGGAACCCUUCUCACAUUGGGGAUGGUUCAGCAAAAGCAAAUGAUGGGAGUGGUGGUGCCUCAUCAUCAUGUGACGUAUCUCAUAUAACUCGGCUUGCUUCAAUUGACUCCUUCGACUCAAAAUGGCAACAAUUUUUGGAUCCGGGUGAAUCCGUUCUUAUGAUCUCAAUGGUGAAGAAAUUACAGAAACUAACAAGUAAGAAGGUUCAGCUUAUUCUCACCAACAAGCCAAAAUUGAUCUAUGUGGACCCUUCAAAGCUUGUGGUAAAGGGAAACAUAAUUUGGUCUGACAAUUCGAACGACCUCAAUAUCCAAGUAACAAGUCCAUCACAUUUCAAGAUUUGCACGCCAAAGAAGGUCAUGUCGUUUGAAGAUGCAAAACAGAGAGCGUGGCAGUGGAAAAAGGCGAUCGAGGGUCUUCAAAACAGGUGAAAUCUGUUUGUGAUUUUGACUGAAAUAUACUUUUG